AUGGCUUGCGCCGAGGUUGUCCCUGUUCCGACGUUGUCGGACAAUUACGCCUAUUUGCUAAUUGAUAAGAAGACAAAAACCGCGGCGUGUGUAGACCCUGCUGAGCCAGAGAAGGUCGUAGCUGCGGCGAAGGAACAUGGCGUUACUUUGGAGACUUGCUUGUGCACCCACAGGCACUUCGACCAUUCAGGUGGCAAUGAAAAAAUCAAGAAGUUGGUCCCCGGAAUCGAGGUUGUGGGCUCGGCGUAUGAGGAGACACCAGGAAGGACGAGGGCCGUCACUGACGGCGAGACGUUUAGACUAGGUGACCUGCUGGUAAAAGUGCUGCAUGCGCCCUGUCACACUAGCGGGCACGUGCUAUACUAUGUGGAGAGCCGCUCCGAUAUGAACGCGAAGCCCAUUAUCUUCACAGGAGACACUCUUUUCCUCGCUGGCUGUGGCCGUUUCUUUGAAGGGGACGCGCAACAGAUGCAUCGGGCAUUGAUCAAGACCAUUGGCUCCCUUCCUGCGGAGACACUGGUCUACUGCGGCCACGAAUACACAGUGACCAACCUCAAGUUCGCUGCCAGCGUUGAGCCCAACAACAUCGCGCUGCAGAGCAAAUUGGAAUGGGCCAAGAAGCAGGAGAGUGCGGGGAAACCCACUGUCCCUUCUUCCAUCGGAGAG